AUGGCGUAUCAAGUCUGCAUAUGCACCGUGUCACUCCUAGUUGGUAGUUGGGCUAUCACAGUCAAGCUUAGGACUCGAGGAGUGGCUGAGCUGAACCAGGCCUCAGUUUUCCUCCUCGUUUGUUGUGGUCUGUUCGUCGUGUGCACCGCAUACGGCCUACUCAUAUCAGCCAACCCUGGGAAUGGCUCACGACUGAUAUUCUUGAGUCUUAUUGAUGUUAUAUUCUCUACGUGGCCCGGCUUUAUCAUCCUCUGCCUUGUUUUCGCAAUGAGCACCAAAAAGGCACCCAACGGGCUGUGGACCAGAGUCGAACCCGAACCGUCGAUCCAAACCGAUGUAGCUCCCGAUACGCCAUGGACGAAGAACUUAGAUUUUACGCAAUCCUCCAGGUCACCAACUCUGAUGAUGUGGGAUCCUCAGACUGGGAAGACAUGGGAGGUUCAGAAUGCCCAGAUGCAGCAGCAACAUCCAUACCAUGCUGCUCAAGAACUUGAACAGCCACCACCACUGGCGCCUCAGGAGAUGUAUGCGACCUUCCCGGAGCUUGAUAGUCCCCAGUCCCCCUAUCCGGUUGCCGAACUACCUACUAGUCCUAUUCUUCUGCCGAAUACGAUUGCGGGAACAGGCCGAGAGGUACAGAGAGAGCGGGAGGAGGAACAUGAUGUGGGCAUGGCUCAAAGGGGUCACAACCCAAUUGCAUGUAGUAUCAAGUUGGCCCUUCGAAGGGGUAUGGAUCACUUUUAA